AUGUCAGCUUCCGUACCCGACGCGCUCAAGCCUUCUCCCGGCACCAAUUGGUCUUUGCAACUCAAGGAGACCGUCUCGCAGCCCGUGGUCGCCGCCUUCUGCGGUGGAGGCGUGGCCGGCGCUGUCUCCCGGACGGUGGUGUCGCCGCUGGAGAGACUCAAGAUCCUGAUGCAGAUCCAGAGUGCCGGGCGAGAAGCCUACAAGCUGUCUGUCGGCCAGGCACUGGGCAAGAUGUGGAGGGAGGAAGGGUGGAGGGGCUUCAUGCGAGGAAACGGGACAAACUGCAUCCGCAUCGUUCCCUACUCUGCUGUCCAGUUUAGCAGUUACAACUUUUACAAAAAGAACAUCUUCGAGCCCUAUCUGGGAACCGACCUCAGCCCCUUUGCUCGCCUCGUCUGCGGUGGCCUUGCGGGCAUCACGUCCGUCGUCUUCACAUAUCCGCUCGACAUUGUCCGAACGCGCUUAUCCAUCCAGUCGGCGAGCUUUGCAGAGCUAGGAACGAGGCCAGACAAGCUGCCGGGCAUGUGGGCGACCCUUGUCUCGAUGUACAAGGCGGAAGGCGGCAUGUCGGCGUUGUAUCGUGGCAUUGUCCCGACUGUGGCCGGCGUGGCUCCCUAUGUUGGUCUCAACUUCAUGGUGUAUGAGUCGAUCCGCCAGGCAUUGACUCCUGAGGGCGAGCAGAACCCCAGUGCUCUUCGCAAACUCCUGGCGGGUGCCAUUUCCGGCGCAGUCGCUCAGACAUGUACCUAUCCAUUCGACGUUCUACGACGGCGUUUCCAGAUCAACACCAUGUCAGGCAUGGGAUACCAGUACAAAUCCGUUUCAGACGCCGUCCGCGUCAUUGUCCUCCAAGAGGGCGUCAAGGGGCUCUACAAGGGCAUCGUCCCCAACCUGCUCAAGGUGGCGCCCAGCAUGGCUUCGAGUUGGCUGAGCUUUGAGGUUACGCGUGAUUUCCUGACAGAUCUAAAACCGACCGAGGAGAGUCGAAGUUUAUAA